AUGCCUUCUCUUUUUGCUCCAAAUUUUGAAGACCUCUUUAUAAACACUUCAUAUGCAUAUCAAGUCAAAUCUCUAAAACUUGAGAUCCUUUCUUCCAUUGCUACAGAUGAAUCAAUCUCAGUUAUCUUUCAAGAAUUGCAGUUUCAUAUCCGGCUCCAUAAUCCCUUAUUUCUUCUUCUCCCUCUUAAUUCUCAGCGCAGAAAAGAAAAUAGUACUUGUUUGGUGGCACUGGGAACAGAUGAUGGUGAAGUCUUCACCAUUAAUGCCACUUCUGCAGAGUUAAAAUGGAAAUCUUUUGGACAUCAUCAUAGGUAUGCUCAGAACUUUUCCAUGUGCAGUAGAAUUGCUGCUCUUUCUUUUGCAAACAAAGGGCGUAAACUUUGUGCUAUAAGUACAGAUGGAACAACAUGCGAAAUGAACUCUAAAACUGAUGAUAAAAUAUUAGCUGCAUCAAAUACCAAGAUCAGAGUUCUCACCUUAGAUGAUGGAGAAGAACUACUUAAGUUUUCCACAGAUGCUGGUCCUGUGAAUCAUAUGUUUAUGUUGGAUGAUACAAACACCAUAAUUACAUAUGUAUUUGACCCCUCCGCUAUUCCUUCUAUUUGUCGUGUUUCUGCUGCCCUUCAAUAUCCUGCAGGGUUGGAAGGUUCGGAUGCCGGCUUAGCAUCGGUGUUGGAAUCGAUGGAAUUCUGUUUGAAGUUGCGGGGUUCAGAAGCUUGUGUUUUGGAGGACUUAGCCAAAGCUAUCAAUCUGGUGCAUAUCAGGAGGGAUCUUGUGGAAACUGGUCAUGCGUUGCUAAACCAUGCUUAUCACAAUCUACAAGAAUACGAAAGGUAUGAGGGUGGAACUGGAAUCUGUGAUUCCGACGGAAUUGGAAUAUGUGAUUCCAUUCCAAUGCUAAAUAAACGGAGUUUAAUUCUAUCUCAAGGUGGAACCAGAAUUAGUGAUUCUAAUGGAAUCGGAAUCUGUGAUUAUGUUGGAAUCAGAAUCUAUGAUUCCAUUCCACUGCCAAAUCAACGGAAUUUAAUUAUAUCUGAAGGUGGAACCAGAAUCAGCGAUUACGACAGAAUUGGAAUCAGUGAUUCCGACGGAACCAAAAGCUUACAAAAUUCAAAUGAAAACCAAAAUUGCAAGAGAACCUUUUGACAUUAUGGUUAGUGUAAUGGAAUGUAUUUUUGUAUAUGUAUGAUAUCUUAUUUUGCAUUAUUAGACAUUAAAUGUGUCAUUUAGUUUGUUUAAUAUUUGG